AUGUCGGACAGCGGGCCUCUAGUCCUUAUCGAUCCUAGCGAAGAAAUUCGAUUCGAAUUUAUAGCUAACACAACCACUACUGGUUUUCUUAGAAUAAAAAACAUAACAAAUGAAAAUUUGGCUUUCAAAGUGAAAACUACUGUAAAAGAAGGAUUUUUUGUGAGGCCGAACCAAGGAGUUUUGAAGAUUGGUGAGGAAAAGGAGCUAUCAGUAACAAUCCGCCACGAAAAUAAACAGCCAGCAAAGAAGCAGAAACUACUUGUUGAGGCGGCUUUUACCAGCUUGCUUCCGACAAGUGAUUCCCAGCAGAAAGAAUUAAUUGAGUUUUGGAAAGAAACCAAGCCGCUGUACAGCAAAAAGCUAAAUAUUGACUUUUCAAGCCAAUCAUCUGAUAAACAACCUCUAUCAAAGCCAACCCUACUUGUAAGCGCAGAAGAAGAUGCUACAGACGACAUUGAUAACUUUGAAGCGAGUAAAGAAGGCAAUGAGCCUGGGAAAUUGAAAAACGAUACUUUAAAAUACGUGGUAAUUGGGGUGGUUGCUUCAAUAAUAACUGGGUACUUUGCAUUUUUAAGAUAA